AUGAACACUUUAACUAAAUUUCAUGAUGAUGACGAAAUCACCAAUCAUAAAAUUAAAGCUUUAGAAUUGAAUGCAUCUCAAUUUUAAGCACAAAUGAAAGUAUAUAGUAGUAGUUAUACAGCCUCUUUUUAAUGAGAACACUAAAUUAAAACAACAUGUUAUUAGUCUUAAUUUCUAUAUGGAGGAACGCAAAUUAUAAUUAGCUAAUCUCAUUAGUGAUACAGGUCCAAAUGGAGAAGAUAGAGUAUUAAUAAAAGCAGUAGCAGAUUUCAAAUAAAUAUGUGAUCUGUUAGAAGGUAUUACUGUAUUUAUAAAAAGAGGAGAUAAUUCGAUUAAAUCAUAUUAUAAUAGAUAACAAUAAUACAAAAGUAGAAUUUUAAUUGAAUAUAAAAUAAUUAAAAGAGAAGUUGUAAUAAGAGACUGAAAGAUAUUUCAUUGAAAAAUAAUAAUUAAUAGAUUAGAACAGAUAAUUGGCUGAAAAAUCAUAGAUAAUAAAAAUUGAUUUAUGA